AGCGGGCAUUGUUGGUGAGAGCGCGUCUCCGGGCAUUGUUGGUAAAAGCGCGUCUGGCUCGCAGCAGGCUCUAUAUCAACCUCCCACUCACCUGCGCUCAGCUUGCAUCUCUCCUACUCCUUCUCGCAAGCACGACAGCUGCAACUCAACCAUUACAUCCUCUCUCUCUCGUUCUCUCUCUCUCUUACACACUUGACCCACCGUAAGUCUUCCCCAGCUUGAGCCACAAGCUUUCCAGCGCCCGCUAACGCAGCUGCAAGGAACAGUAGCCAUGGUCUACUAUCGUACCGCCAACGAGCUCCGCUCGGCCUUUGGACCCAUGGCUGGCGGCUACAACGCUGCGGACUUGGCGCACCGACCUGACAGCGUGCUUGCGCUCGAGCUGGCUGCGCUGAAGCCUGGCGAGAGCGUGCUUGAGCUCGGCACAGCUGGCGGUCGCCUGCUCGCCCAAGCCAAGUUGACCGUUGGUGCCGGCGUCUGCGUUGGCGUCGACGCCGUGCAGGAGCUGCUUGACAUCGACUUUCCCCACACGCUCAACGACAAAGGCCUCACUGUGCACCCUCAGGGCACCGCGGCCCAGCAGGUCCACCGGCUGCGCGCCAACAUCACCGACGCCGCGCUCGUCGACCGCGUCCGCGCGCUUCCUGGGGCGCCGCUGGUCUACAACUGCAUCUUCGCCCUCCACGUCCUCACGACCAUUCCGCCUGACCAGCGCCUGCAGACGCUGCGCAGCAUGCGCCGCCUCCUCGCCCCAAACGGCCGCAUCGUCACGAACAUGUCCGCGCGCUUCAUCGACACCCCGCCCCCAGCUGCAGAGGCCGCCCUCCCCGAGCAGUUCCGCACGGCCGCUCGCUACACCGAGGCUCCUGGCAGCUUGAUCUUGAUGAUGAAUGCGCCCCACGUCGUCGCCAUGACCCCUCAAGGCCCUCGACCAGCCAAGGCGGCCGUCUCAACCACGCAGCUCAGCCCUGAUCGACUCUGGGUGGUCGCGAGGCAGCAGGCCGCUCACGCGGCGGAGCGAGCAGGCCUCUCUGUCGUCGCCUCUCGCGACAUCGGCAAGGGCGACAGCUUCGGCCUCCCUCUUGGCAGCCGCUCUCCUCCUCAGAACCAGCUGAACAGCUUGCCCCCCGCGCAGAUUGUCGCCAUGGUCAGCGGGAACGUGGCUGCACUCAACGCCUACCACUGCACCGGACGCGCCUGGGACACGGUUGUCCGGCGCAAUGCGCCUGCUAACCUGUCGCCAGCAGCGCGCAACUUUCAGCUAGUGCUUGGUCUUCAGCGCCUUGUGCAGAACGAGAUGGCACGGGUUGCGGCAGAUCAGCCAGCGGGCGCGCCACAGGUCGUCGAGACCGCGCAGCUAGGUGUGCUGGUCUCCUUGCGGCUUGCAUGAUGGAGGAGGGCGAAUGCGUUGGAGCAUAUCUGGAGCGAAGCGCAACCAGCUUGCCUGCUGGCGCGCAGGUGUCUGAUCCAGAGUAGGUAGU